AUGAGAUUCUUAUCAAUAAUAACUGGAGAAAAAGGCCACAAUAUAAUUAGAAAUAAUUGCAGAAGGAUCUCUUCAUUGAAUCAAACAACAUCAGAUACAACGAGGCAGUCAGUGGAUUUUGCUCCUUUGGGGCCCCUUGAUAAAAACGUGAAGAAAAAAUCAAGUAAAGUGUCAAAGAAGGCAUCGAAGGAAUCAGUGGAACAUAAAGGUGUGAACAAAGAUGGUUUGGAUGAACACAAGGAUGGCGCGAAGGAGGUAUCAGACGCACAGGCCAGGGCGGUGGUUCUGAGGAAGCCAAUACCGAAGAACUUCAUAAAGGAGACGCUGCUGCCGCACCUGGAGCACAACGUGGCGUACAACUGCAUGAAGUUCCCGCCGGAAGUGGUGUUGCAAAUAGGAAUAGCGUACUCGAAGCUGCCGCACUUCAUAAGGCAGAGAAGCAUCGAGGACGCACUAAUAGAAAGCUUCAGAUACAGAAUGGUGGACUACACAGCAGUGGACUGCAUACAGCUGUUGAACACGUGCUUUCAGCUGCAAGGAGUGAGGUCAAUAGCAGUGUACGACGACAUAAUAUCGAGGCUGGAGGUGCCGCACGUGUUCAACAGCAUUAACUCGCUCAACAGGCUGGGAAUUUGCAGAAGCGUCGCGAAGAUAAUAAAACACACACAAAGACUCAACGGGAGCAGUAGCAGUAACACAGGCAGCACUGACAGUGAUGGUGACAGCGUUAGAAUUGGGACCGCUAGCGAUACAAGACUAAGAAAGGAUGAUUUAGGUGAUGAUAAACAGCCAAGUGGUGCAGACUCUAACGUGGAUUCGAGCGCACACACAAACGCCAGUGGCUCAAGUGUGGAUUACACAACUAAGAGUGAAGGAUUAGGAGAAGAUGCAGAUGUUAAAAGGGACAGUUCGAGUCUGAGUUUUAUGAAUAAAGACCUGUUUAAGAUUGAUCGUAACGAGUACCACGACCUGUAUAAGACGUCGCCGAUGAGGCCGUGGAGUUACCUGGUUAAAAGCCACAGGGACAAGAAGAUGGCAAGUUUAGUGGAGAGAAUGGUGUCGUUCUGCGAAAAUAGAAUACUGCCGCAGCUCGAAUACGAGUUAAAGUCGUUCGACGCGGACGAGCUGACGGACCUGCUGGCAGUUCUGGCGCAGAGGACGGAAAGAGACGGAACCACCAUGGACUUCCCAGUGAUCUCGAUACUGAUGGCGAACAUAAUGAGGCUGUACGAGUCGACGUCGCUGGUGAACACCAUAAGCAACCUCGCGAGCCUGUGCAGGCUGAGAAUAAGGCACGACGAGUUCGUGGAGCGCCUGCUGCGGGACCUGAGGAACCCGCUGAAGGUGGCGAACAUCUACCACAGGCACCUGAGCAGGUGCCUCUGGUCGCUCGCAAGGCUCGACCUGCUGAACGAGGUGCUCGGGGACCUGCUGCCGCACGUGGCGCAGAACGUGCCGAAGUUCGGGCCGAGUUGUCUGGCGAGGCUCGCGCAGGUCGCAGCGUACUACCCGAUCGCGAGCGACAAGGAGGCGAAGCAGCUCAACGCGCUGCUGGAGAAGACGUGCCUCUGCGUUCUGUCGAGGUCGGGCGCGUUCUCGCCGAGGGACGUGACCUUUUUGGCCUCGGCGCUGAUGCACCUGCGCCUUCUGCCCACAGAGUCGGAAUAUGGUGCGGGUGUGGCGCGUGAGCUGCGGCCCAAGUUUGAGAAGGAGGAGCGCUACAUUGCGAGGGCGCACAGGAAGACCGACACCUUGCAGGCGCUCUCGAGGCUGCUGGAGGCGCUGAACCGCCUGGACGCGGAGUUCGACCUCGUGGAGAUCGAGCGCCUGAUCGGCGCGACGCGCUCCUUCAAGGAGUACGCGUACCUGCUCGCCCACUUCCCCGAGUCCUGGAGGAACAUAGUGAGGCCGCCGGAGCCGCAGUAG